UCCAAUUCACUGCCAUUAAUUGGAUGGUUAUGAUUGCUAGAACAGUGUGCUUUUAGAAAUAUGCUCCAUCUAUGAAGGGACUCAACUCACAAUUUGGAUGGUUUGGAUAGCUGUAGAUCAGUGUCCACGUGAGGAAGAGGAAUCACCACCAUUUUCAAAUGGUACUGAACUACUUGGGAGUCUUAACCUAUGGUGUUGACAGACGCCCUCCUGAAGAGAGAGAGAGAGAGAGAGAGAGAGAGAGAGAGAGAUUUUGGGAAUGAAGCAUGGAGGAGUGGCUUUCAUGCUCCUACUCCUCGUUCUGCAGGGCUCCAUGUCACGUGCCGGAGGUGCCCCAGCACAUGAGUACGGACGUCCAAUAAACCGGAGCUCCUUCCCGCCGGGCUUCAUUUUCGGAACCUCGUCUUCUGCUUAUCAGUACGAAGGAGCGGCUGAAGAAGACGGCAAAGGCAUCAGCAUAUGGGAUUUCUACACUCACACAUACCCAGAAAAAAUAGAGGACGGCAGCAAUGGAGAUAUAGCUGUCGAUUUGUAUCAUCGCUACAAGGAAGAUGUGAAGAUCAUGAAGGAAAUGGGGUUGGAUGCAUUCAGAUUCUCCAUAUCUUGGACCAGAAUAUUGCCUCAUGGAAGACUGAGUGGAGGAGUGAAUGAGGAAGGCAUCAAGCAUUACAACAACCUCAUCAACGAGCUCUUAUCCAAUGGUAUACAGCCCUUCGUAGUACUCUUUCACUGGGAUCUGCCGCAGUCCCUUGAUGACGAGUAUGGGGGCUUCUUGAGUUCCAGAGUAGUGGAUGAUUUCCAAGACUACGCGGACAUCUGUUUUAGAGAAUUUGGAGAUAGGGUGAAGCACUGGGUCCCCUUGAAUGAUCCGUGGUCGUACACCGUUGGUGGGUAUGCAUGGGGCAGCCAGGCUCCAGGGCGCUGCUCUUCUUGCAGUGUUGGGAAUUCUGCGACGGAACCGUACAUCGUCACACACCAUCUGCUUCUUUCACAUGCAGCUACUGUAAGACUCUACAGGGACAAGUAUCAGGAAUCUCAAAAGGGUCUUAUAGGAAUGAUCAAUAUGGCCCGCUGGUAUGAGCCCCUGUCCUCGUCUAAUUCCGACUAUGAUGCUGCCCAACGAGCUCUAGACUUUACGAUUGGAUGGUUUAUGGACCCUGUAACCAAUGGUGACUAUCCACCUAUCAUGAGGUCUUAUGUGGAAAAUCGGCUACCCAAUUUCACAAAAGAGCAAUCUGAUAUGUUGAGAGGAUCGUUCGAUUUCAUAGGCCUAAAUUACUACACUGCCAGGUACGUGGCUGAUGUUUCUUGUUCCGAUACCAUUCAAGUGAGCUACACAACCGAUUCGCACAUUAAUGAGACGGGGGAGCGAAAUGGGAUCCCCAUUGGCCCCCAGGCUGCUUCAUCAUGGUUGUAUGUGUACCCACAAGGAAUCCGAGAUAUGUUAGUCUACACAAGGAAAAGAUACAACAACCCUAUUAUUUACAUUACUGAGAAUGGAGUAGAUGAUUUCAACAAUGAUUCCUUGUUGCUGGAGGAAGCGCUGCAAGACAACAUGAGGAUCGAUUCCUAUCAUCGCCAUCUUUUAUUUGUUCAAAGUGCCAUUGGGGAUGGUGUGGAUGUGAGGGGGUUCUUUGCAUGGUCGCUCUUGGACGACUUUGAAUGGGCAGCUGGCUUCACCGUUAGAUUUGGCCUUAAUUAUGUGGAUUAUAAAGAUGGUCUGAAGAGAUACCCAAAGCAAUCUGCCCUUUGGUUUCAGCAGUUUCUCAGAGGGUGUGAGGGUACCAAGAAUUCCAUCUCCUCCACAUGAUCGGUUGGUCAUGGACCAUGGUACCAGUAAAACUAAGUCAUAUGUAUGAUCUAACUUUAUGGAUGUAUUGUGGGAAUAAUCCUUUAACCAUGAAUGGAAAAUCAGGGUAUGGAUAUGUCAUCCCCUAUCUUUGCAUUUGGUAAUGGAACCCUUUCUUAGGGAGGAGUUCAAUAA